UGAUCUCGAUCUCGAUCGUGGUCUUGAUCUCGAUCGUGGUCUUGAUCUCGAUCGUGGUCUUGAUCUUGAUUCUGCCAAGAUCGCAUCUCCAUAUCGACAACCCCGCGUGCUCCGACUUUUGCUUCCACCGCCUCGUCUACAAUGUCGAUCAAGCGACGAAUGCUUCCUGUCAAGGACCUGUUCCCAGCUGGUCCUCUCCCCACCCAGCCCGCUCGCACUUGGACCAUCAUGACCUACAACCUGCUGGCCCAGUGUCUCGUGCGAAGAGAGCUGUUUCCGUAUGCCAAGAAGGAGGAUCUGAAGGUCAAGACUCGAUACCCAAUGCUGAUCGACGAGAUCACCCGAGUCCACAAACCCGACAUUGCCUGUCUCCAAGAGGUUGACUGUCUCGAGGAACUCAAGCCGCACCUUGCCGAUGCCGGAUACGACCAUGUGUUUCUGAAGCGAAACAUGGAGAAAGAAGGCGGACACGGCCUGUGCAUCAUAUGGAAGUCUGCCAUGUUCAAAAAGAUCGACUAUCGGCCACUUGUCUACGACGAGUCGCCGCUGACCCACCCGACUCCCAUCAAUCCCUUCACGGGCAACGUCGCCCAGCUGCUGGCCCUGGGAGUUGUUCAGCCUCACACUGCGCGUUGCUCUCUCGGCGUGAUCGUCACCAACACUCAUCUGUUCUGGCGCCCCGAGGCAAACUACGAGCGGUUGCGCCAGUCCUACGUACUGAUGAGUGCUGCAGCCGAAUUCAAGAGAGCCAUUCUAUCUGGAUCGAGCGAGUUCCACGACUCGACCGAAAUCAAGGAUGAGUGGCCCAUCUUCCUGUGUGGUGAUUUCAACGCAUGUCCCAACGACGCUGUGUAUCCUGUGUUGCUGCAUGCUCCCAUGACACCCGAGCAGGAGCAAAUGAUCCAGCCUGUCCAGCGGCCUCCUCGCGAUGGCGACCCUCCAGCCCCAGAAUCCGGAGAUAGCGGCGCUCGGCCGCUCGAGAGCCUGGAUAAUCCUCUGCCGGCCGCUCAGCUGGUGGCCAAGAUCCAGUCGUUUCCGCCCUUUGUUAGCAUGACCCAGACUUAUCGGGACGCCGACCCAAACCACAGCAUCAAUCCCGGUUGGCAAGGAGCUGAACGAUGGGGCGGAGAGCCCACAUUCACCUGCUUUGCGGUGUGGAAGGGCACCCUGGACUAUAUCUUCUGGUGGGACUUUGCUGUGUCGGACAAGCCCCAGGUUCCCGUCAACGUCCUGAAGGUCCUUGAGCUCCCAAAGGUCGAAGAGCUCGUGCCGGGCCUGCCAAACAAGAACUUUGCGAGCGACCACUUGGCCGUGAUGGUAGAGAUUGCCUUGUAUGCUUAGCGACUGACUCCAGCGCUCUGUGUGGCGGCAGAAGCAGUGUUCUAUUCCUAGUCCGAAUGGACAGGCGUGAAUAUCUGCUUCUUCCCCUGAUACGCCAGUAUAUUGUUCAGUACAUGGCCACUAUGAAUAUCAGACA